UACUCGCCGCGACGAGUGAUCCAGAGGAUAAGUUCUUUUCCGACGAAAAAUGGGUAGCUUUUCCCUCGUGAAGUACCGUUCGUAUGGUGGUAUGCAGUCGGACCCAAACAGCGACGUAUCGGCGAUUUACGUAGCGAAAUAUAAUCGUUUCGUGGACAAUAUCCUCGGAAGGAUCAACAAAAUCCUUCGUAGCAAUUACGAUCCGGUAACGGUGAAGCUGACCAACCCGAACUCGAAAUCGAAGACCAGCAAACAAAAGAGCAAGAGCAAAUUGAAGAAGAAGAGCAACAAGAACGAAUCGAAAAAAAGCGGUUCCAUCGUAAUGGCCGCCACAAGUGAGAAGACGGGCGAAGAAAUUCUCGAAAAUCCCCAGAAAAUCACGGGAUCUCUCGAGAACAUAACUUUGUCCGUGACUAACUUGGAAAAGGAUCCAGCCACUGUUCCCAUGUCUGAUAUCGCGAGCAGAUCUUCCGUGGAAACUGCCAGAAAAACCUCCUCGAGCACCAAGAAAACAAACAAGAAUCGUACCACGACGAAGAACAAGACGAAAAACCAGUCCACCACGAAUAAAAAUAAGACAAAGAAAAAUAAGCCGAAAGCACGAGCCACACUCUAUGGCCUAGCGACUCUUCAGAGAUCGGGCGAUGUCUCCGUGAACAUGAUGAGCGAUCAUAUGAUGAUCAAAACAAAAUUUACCUUGGGACCCCUAAUUCUGAAAGUCGAGAAGGAAUUUGGCAGGGCGGCCAAGAAAGAAUUAAGAAGCGCGACUGCAACCACGGCCGAGAUGUCCGGAAAAUUGAGCCUCCGCGUUCUUCGCGGUGGCGCCGCUACUUUGAAUUCCAUCCGAGUUCUACAACCGAAACAAGUUCGAGUGGAGAGCUCAGACGACCACGACAGAACGCGCGAAUUCGUCUGGAAGAGAUCCUCGCAUAUCGCUCACUUGGUCUCGGAGAAAUUAUCGUCGGCCACGAAGUCGAUGCUUCGACCCCCUCCUAUCGCAGUGAUCGCCGCUUAAACUUCAGCCGUGGUCGCAGUUUGGGCUACAAUGGAGC